ACAUGCGGCUCGUCAGUCGUACGGCGGACGUCGCCGCGGUCGGACGUCUCGCUGCUUUUAUUGUUUUAUUCUCGUCGCGUGUAUUGUUAUUACUCAUCUAUUGGACUCUUUUUACGAAAUCUUCGGCUGUUUGCUUCUGAAAUAGGGAGUGAUUUUUACGAUGUGGGGGCACGCGGAGUGACCACGGACGGGCUGCUCAGCGCCCUGGCCCGCCUGCGCCGCGCCCCGCCCCCCAUCCCACACCCCUCGGCUCAUUCGCCACGCUCUGCGGAUGGGCGUCACCAAUCUUCCAAAAUCCAGUCGUCGCGACACUCUCCUGAACACGCCGCAGGUGCGGACAGCAACAUGACAGUGGCUCGCGGCGACGGCUCCCCCGAGCGGCUGGGCGGAGCGCUACGAAGACUCCACUACAAGGCUACACGAAGACACUCCGCUGCGGCCAGGCACCAUGCCACUACUGCCAAGCAGGCGGUGGUCAUGGGAAGCAGCACGACGUCAGACAAGACUAUCAACACUAGUACCGACUCGGCGGCUACUGCCCUCACUUCUGUCACAGGAACCGACGACUCAAUGGACGCAGAACCAGAGCCUCCAGAGCCGCCCCCCCAGCCCCCCAGCCUCAUCGACCAACCCAACCAGAACCAUAAACCUCCCAGCACAGCGCCACCUCAUUACCACCGCGCUCAGAACAGCUGCGAGAUUGACUCACCAGCGUAUACCAAACCACAGUCUGCGUCAGAUGUCAUAGAAUCACCCAGACCUGGACCAGCCAGGUUCAUCUUUGACGUACCACUGCCAGAUCCGAAGAAGGAGAAGCCGAGGAAUAAGAUCCAGGUCCAGUCCAGCAUAGCGUCCGCGUCCAUCCAGAUCCCGUACGACUCAAAAAUGGAGAUUCCGAAGAGCCCCAAAGCGAACCAGAUGAAGUACGAGACGCACUUCAAGUUCGAGCCAGAGCCAGUCAAAAGGAGAGGGAGCGAGCCGAGGAUGAAGAAUAAGCAAAAAGUGGAGAAGGAUUAUUAUAAGGAUGAGGUGACAAAGCUACGAAGACAGUUGGAAGGCACGGAGGUGUUCACGACGACUAGAAGAAGGUCUUCCGCGCACCAACACUCUGUGCCUCCGCCCUCUUCGAGAAGACAGUCGACAGCGGCCCAAGUGCACGUGACAGCCAACCCGCUCGACUCCGCAUCAACCACGAUCCCAGCCGGUAGGACCACCAUCGUGGUACAACAGCCGUCCCUGUCGUUGGACUACGGCGGCUGUUCCACCAUCCUCGUGAGGGACGGAGAGGACGGCAGGAGGAAGAGCAGGGUCUGCAGUGACCACAUCCAGCAGUUACUGGACGUCACCAGCCAGUUCACGUCGGAAGAUUUGCAUGAUUUUGAUAAAAGGUAUGGCAGCCCCCACCACUCCCGGUCGCAGUCCGUGAAGGCAGCGAGGUCGAGAACUGGGGAGAGACAGCUCCUGGGACUGCCGCAGCAGCGAGCGAGGGUCGCGUCAAUGCCCAACACUGGAGUUGAGGAGGAGUACUACCGGUUGAGGCAUUUUAGCAUCACGGGCAAAGGAGUGGUGAACCGCGGCGACUCUCUGCGUUCGAGACGCUCCCGGUCCAACACUUCAGUGGCGUCCAGCGCGUCCAGCACUGAAGCUGUCACCAGGGCAUCGGCACCCUGCUCGCUGGCUUCCUCAAGGGAUUCUUCAACCGGCCUCAGCACGUACCGGGUGCUAGUCCUGGGUGCCCCAGGCGUGGGCAAGUCCAGUCUGGUGGGGCAGUUCAUGACGUCAGAGUACUUACACGCCUACGACACUAGUAUAGAUGAUGAAUCUGGCGAGCGAUCAGUGUGCGUCCUAUUGGCCGGUGAAGAAUCGGAGAUUACCUUCUUGGACGCGCCUCCCGAUCAUCUUGUUUCGGAAGGCUGCGCCCACGGCUACUGCGUGGUGUACUCCACAGCAGACCGCAGCAGCUUCGCUGAGGCUGAGCGAAGGCUGCAAGCGCUCUGGGCAGCAGGCCACACAUCUCGGAGAGCUGUCAUAUUGGUUGGAAAUAAGGCUGACCUCGCCAGGUCGAGGCUUGUCCCUACCGAUGAGGGCAAGACACUGGCGACUUCAUACGAGUGCAAGUUCAUCGAGACGUCAGUGGGCAUUAACCACAACGUGGACGAGUUGCUCGUGGGGCUGCUCACACAGAUUAGGCUGAAGCAACAACAUGCUGAACGAGUCAGAAAACGCAGUAGCUCCCGCAAGAACCGCAGCAGGACCAGGUCUCCGAUCCAGAUGGAAGCGCCGGCCCCUGCCCCGCCCCCCGCGUCCGCGUCGGCCGCCAGCACGCCCAGAAAAAGGACUAGAUUAUCUGCCAGUGUCAAGGUUCGAGGUCUCCUGGGCCGCGUGUGGGCGCGGGAUUCCAAGUCCAAGUCCUGUGAGAACCUCCACGUGCUUUAGCACUCGAGCGCCGACCCCGUCGCCUGCUUCCCAUUCUUCGAUUGCGCUGCGAACUACGCUUGAACUAAUUACAAAUAUACAAAAUGGCUGCUUUUUGAGGACAGUGGCGCCCUCAUUUGAAAUAUAUUAUUUUAUUUUGUUUCUUAGGAAAAUAUCACAGAUAUGAGAACAUUGAA